GUCAAAAUUCUUCGGCUUGGGGGCAACAAAAAAUAGUUCCAAACUUGUGUUUAAGGCUUUUCUGUGUUUCCAAACUUUAUAGGUCAGGGACAACGCUAUGGAAAUUUGAUCACCGAGUCUGGGAGCAGUGUGAGGGACUGAGAGGCAAGAUGGCAUUGGCACCCGAGGAUAACUCCUCGUAUUUGAAUAUGGAACGCUUAAAAAAGACCCAGAAGCUUAUCCACCUUUAUCGAUCAUACGAAUGCCUAUGGAACCCCCAAUCUCCUGGUUACCACAGCAGUACUGUAAAGGAUGACGCUUGGCGAAGAAUAACUCUCCAUAUGAAGAGCGGCUUAACCCCUGACCAGGUUAAGCUGCAGAUACUCGGCCUCCGAAACUAUUACUCCCAGGAAUGUUCCGCCCUUCAAAGGAGUCAGCAAGAAGGUUAUAGUUAUGUUCCCAGGCACUCUUAUUUCCAGGACCUGCAAUUCUUGGGUAACCUGGAUGUUGAAGAAACAAAUGAGCCCAAGGCCAGUUUUAGCAUGGGCCAAGUCAAUGACCUCCUGGAUGAUGCUUUUCUUCUAGAAGAUAGUACUACUAUUAGAGCAAACAAUUCGCCCAACUUUUCGGAGGCCGCAUUCUUUUCUCCUUUAGCUUCAUUGAGUCCCUGCGUUAGUUUAACCAAAGACGGUUACACCUUCUAUAAGAUGAUAUUAGAACCUGAACCACCCAAUGGAGAGGAACUAAGGGAGUUUAAAAAACGAUCCACCUCCGGCAACGACCGCUGGUAUCCCACGACCUACUGUGUGAAGUGCAAGCAAGAGGAAGAACAUAAUCGCGAAGAAAGAGGUCAAAGCCGUGGGAUUAAUUCUGAAAGUAAAAGUUCCUCGGAUGGGAAUCAAUGCAGUUGUAGCAGAGCGCGGACGGAUGAGUGCUCGUGUUCAAACCAAUCUCAGGAUAAGCCAAGAAACGUGACAAAUCGAAACGGUAUUCAGUAUCGAACACAGGAUCAAAUUCCUUUACCGAACAGCCGUAAACGCUAUCCACGAACCCAUCAAAAUGGGGUCUUUGUAGAUCUAGGCAACUGGGACGAUGGGGAGUCCACCAAUAAUGGACAGCGGAACGAUAAGUGGCCAGGUCCCAGACUAUGUUCCCAAAACCGCCAGGAAUGGCAGCCCAGAUACCGCAAAGUAGUCCCAAAUGUCCCAAAUGAUGAUCGAAAGUCCAAGUGCGGAAGCUGGAAGCGGAAUAAUGAUGCCAUAUGCCAGCGACUUCAAAAUCAGUUGGCGAGUCAGGAGAACCAAAGUGCACGUUACUCCGAAAAAGGCUCCGAAGAAUUCUCUGCCCAGAGUCAAGAGAAUAAGAAUGAUCGUCGGCGGUCGGGCGAGGAUCAAUUGAAUGCGAUGCUAUUACAGAAAAAGGCGCAGAAGAAUAGGAACUCCCAGAACACUCCCAUUGAUCCGGCACAGUAUAACAACAAUCAACCGAUUUCAAAUCAGGCUUACUAUAAUACAACCCAACCGGUUGAAAAUCAAUGUUAUUGCGAUACUAACCAAUCAAAUGUGGAUCCCCAGCGAUGUAGUACGUAUGGAUGCCAGUGCAUGUACUGCAAUCGAACUGUGAUUCCACCCCAGGGGAAUUACUACGUAACGCAGCAGAUCGAUCAGAAUGCCCCAAACUAUUCCAGAGCAGUUCCCCCAGAUAAUCAAGUGGGACAGGCUCAACCUUAUGGAGAAGCGAAUUAUUAUAAUGAGUACGGACAGCCUGCAUAUACCAACCAACAGCAAGUCUAUUGCAUCAAUACAGAAAAUGCAGAAAUAUGGGUAAAGGAUCAGUCCGCGCCUGGAGCUCCAAAUCCUGCCCAGGUGCCCAUGGCUCCGCUAUCUAGGUCCUGGCCGCAGGAAACGGAAAGUGGUCUACCCCAGCCAGGUAGUCAGGCCGUAAGUGCUCCUCCCCAAAGUCUAGAAAAGAUCUUUUCAUCAAAUAUAAAUAAAAUUCUUCAGCCCGAGCAACCUAUUCAGCAUCCUACUGAAAAGAAAAGACCAGUGCCACCGCCACGGGAUAUUAAAUAUGUGGAGUGCCCUGCCUAUAAAGGGGUACAAAAAACUGGUGACCAAAGAGAACGAUUAGGAAAGGGAAAUUACCAAAGUCAACGAAGAACUAAUGAUUCUGAGGAGGAUUCUGUUGGUGGGAACAAUCAACCGAUAAGAUCAUAUGACGAAGGGAACCGAUCUCGUAAGAGACAACGUAAUCAAGACCCAGAUCGUCAAGUUCAAAAUCAAAAUGAAGAACGUCCUACACAAAGGCGAUCUCGCAAUGAUGAUGGGGUUGUUAGUAACCCCAAUUCCAACUAUGAAGAUUCUCCUCCACGACGGGGUAGAGAUCCUAACGGCAGCUCAAACAAAUCAAAAGUUUUUCAACUUCAAACCGACGAUUCUCAAUUUAUAGAGUGUCCAGCGUAUAAUCGUGAAAAUCCCAAGGAAUGCCCCAGUUUAAAAUGCAGACUAGACGAUCCCAGUCAACCAAGCCGCGGAGAAAGAAGUGUCCGAAGGAGAAGGCCCACUUCAGGGGAUCGGGACUAUGAUGAGGAGGAAACUCCAAGUUCCAGGAGAAGAUCCCAAGGUCAAGAUAGAAAUAGGCCAGAAAAUGGUGACUAUGAAGAGCAGAAACAAAGUGUCAGGGAAAAAUACGCUGGUCAAAGGCAAGAUGAUAAUUCUCGGAUCAAAGGAAAAUCAGAUGAUGAAGCUUAUAGGUCAAAAAGGCGAAAGGAAGAAAACUGCACCGACAAAACCUGUCCGUUUAGAAGUUCUACUAAAAAAUAUAAAGAUCGUUCCGGUCGGGAGGUGGAAAACCCAAGAAAUGGUAAUGGCAAUGGUAAUUAUCAAAGCUCAAAAAGAAAAUAUAAUGAGUGCGAUGAUUACACGUGUCCAUAUAUUAAUUCUGGCGAAGUAAAAGCAUCCCCUAAAGAAAGGUCGCGAAGGCAACGAGAUCAAUCCUAUCCAAAAGAGUACGACGAGGAAGAAAGUGAAGCCAGAAGAAAGUAUAGAAGUGAGUCCCCAGCAAGAAGGCCACCAAGGGAUUUUAAUAAAUUUGAAGAUUCCGAAAAAAACCAGAAAGAUGUUAGGAAUUAUAGGCGAACGAGAAAUGAGGCUUCCGCUGAUAUUGAUGAUUCAGAUGACAAUGUAUAUAAGUCAGAAAGAUAUAGAAAUGAUAAUCGCAACUAUAAUAAAGACCAAGAUAUUGAUAUUGAUGAUGCUGAUGACAAAGCAUAUAAGUCAAGAAGAUAUAGAAAUGAUAAUCGCGACUAUAAUAAAGAACAAGAAGAUGGGGUGCCUACAGAAAGAGUUAACAAGUAUUCGAGAAGGGAGGAAAGAAAUUAUUCAAGUAAAGAUAAUGAAAGGUAUCAGAGAGGUUACCGCAAUGGAAACGAUUACAGAAACAAUACAGUAGAUGAGUGCAUGUGUGAAGACGAUUUUGAAUCCGAUAAUGCCUAUGGUGCCUAUCCUAUGAGGGAGAAUAAGUAUCGAGGUGACAAGGUAUCGAAUGAUUAUAAAAGAACAGAAACAUCCAGAAGAAUCAAAAGUUAUGAUGACUCGGAAAAUGAGGAUGGAGAAUACGUAAAUUCGGAUAGGAAAAACAAUUAUCGGAAACGAUAUGAAGACCAGCAACCUUUUUAUUCAAGGGGAACGGACAUGGCAACUUCUUAUUCGAGGGGAACGGAUGUAUACGAGUCGGAAUAUGACUGCCUUUGCAGUGAUAAUGAAGAUCCUCAGAGCUCUAGGCAAAACAGGAGCAAUCAAGCAGCCAGAAACGAUCAGAGGGCCUUAGGCAAUACCAAAAAUGAAAUGAAAGAAAGAACCAGAGGAAAUAUAAACAAUACAGGGGCCGAUUUUAAUGGCAACGAUUAUCCAAAAUACGAAAAUAGUAAUAGCAAUAGGGCACCUGAGUCUUCUGUGCCAAAAAGAAGUAGACAAGAUAAUCAGAAUUCCGAAGAUCAUGGAAAGAAUGACAGAGAUAGGAGUAAUGAAAUAGACGGCUGUUUAUGCGAACCUGCAGGAGGUGAAUAUUACUCAAAAUACCAAAAUGGAAAUACCAAUAGGACGCCAGAGACUCCCUCGACAAACAAAAGUAGAAAAGAUAAACAAGAUCCCAAUGAUCCUGGGAAGGAUGACAGAGGUAUAAGAAAUGACAUAGAGUGCUGUGAGUGCGAUCCUAAUGAAGCUGAAUAUUCCAAAUACGAAAAAAACAGCUCCAAUCAAGCAAAUGAUAACGAAGUUUCUUGCGAGGAUUGUACAUGUGAUCCUAACGAACCAAAGAUUACUGUGGGCAAGGAACGAAAUCAAGCUGGUAGUAUCAAUGCUUUAGCCGAAAGCCAGGAUCACAAAAAAGAGUCCAGCGGAAGGCCCAAGAAACCAUCGAAGACGGAACGAAAGGAAGCCAAAACUAAGCCAGUAUCUACCAGUGAUAACCAGACGCCUACUGUCAAGAAGAGUUCCCGCCCAAAGACGGGGGUUUUCCCCAGAGUUCAGUCCCGAUCUGCAAGUCCCGCUCAUCUCGCUGCAUCUCUGAGGACUCAGCCAGGAGAGCCGAUCAAGAGACGAACCUCGUUGAGGACUGGAGGACAAUCCAGUGCCGCCAAGAGAACCAUGGACACACAUGCAGCUGCCAACAGCAAGUUGCCCUUUGAUCUAAACUCGGCCGCCUAUUUUAUUUGCAAAUUACAGGACGAAGGUAACAACCAUCAGUACCUCCUUGUGGUGCCAAAGAAGCCGAUUGGACCACCAGAUGGCCAACGGAUGGGCCCAGGACAAGAGUCUGUGAAGCAGCUGCACUGCCAGCGGCAGUGCUCCGGCUUUCAGAGCAUGUCCUGGGUCGAUUCGUCGGCCAUCAGCCAAUCCCAGCCAUCCCAGCCAUCUCGACCAUCCCGCCCAUCCCAGCAAUCCCAGACGAGGAGUGGUGGCCUAUCCGUAUUGGGCUCCUUUAGGGUCCCACCUGUCCUGGCCAGCACGGCGCUGUGCAUCAUCAAGGAGCACCUCAAUAGAUCCACUAUAGACACAAAUCCAGGUUAUAGAGAAGCGUUGUCUCGCCCCCAUAACAAAUGGCGUUCUUUACUAUCCAGAGCGACGUCUUCGAGGCCCAGGAGACCCGUUCUUCGGCCAUCCCACAAAGCCUAUGCCCCGACUCUGGACGAGAACAGGACCUUACUGCUCACCAACAAUCCCUUUCAAGAUUUGAGCUACGGUGACAACAGGCGAGAGAUUAUAGUGCUACAUCCACCGGUUCCGGGUUUUCGACCCUCGAAGAACUCCUUCAGCAAGGACGAGGUGGAGAUGCAGCACAUCUCAGUCCCCAGCCAGGACACCGAUGUGCAUCGUAAGCCACCCAGGCCGCCCAUAAAACCCAGGAAAAAGCAUCCUCGGUGAUCAAUCCAUAGCUGUAAUGUCCUCACACAUACUUCCCGGCCCUUGAAUCAUCAUAUAAAGAACAGCACCCAACCGAAGCCGAAGGACUCAGCUGCCUUUUAUUCAAUGAGAGAUGUUUUAGGCCAGGAGUCGAGGGGCUUCACGCUUCGCCGUCCACUGUGGUGGCUACGGAGUUUUGGGAUCGUUCGGGGUUAGCCCAAAA